GUAUGUAUUUGCUGCCGGUUUCAUCAUUUUCACAAACGCAUGACAUCUUCAUUCAUUUCAGAGUACGACGAAGUAAAUCUGACGAUACUCUUCAACACAAGACAAAAACGAAUUCUUUAGAUAGCUUGGCAGAUUCUCACCUGAGGUAAACGUCCUAAAUUUUCAAAAGAAUGCCAAAUUUUUGCACUUGUUUUCUUUCCAGUGAUGAUAAUAAACUAUUGAUUAAUUCUGAAUCUGAUAAUUCGUGGAAUUAUAAUAAUAAAACAAUGUUAGUGGCAAUAAUAAUAUGAAUAUUAAAAAUGUUCUGAAUAUAGAUGAUAAUGAUGAGAUAUUAAAUACAAGUGUUAAAUCAAAUGACAACCAAUUACCUCCACUUCUCAAUGAUCAUGAAUCAGAAAUGAAUUUUAAUGAUACUGAUAUGAAGGAUGAUAUUUUCCCUGUUCUUCAACCACUUGUAAUAAAAGCAGCUCUAUCAACUCUGAGCCUUAAUUCUACUGAUAGCCCAACUACAGAGACAAGAAGAAGUUCACGUCAAUGUACAAUACCAAAACAAUAUAAUGACUAUGAUAUGCCAGCUCGUUCCUCUAGCACAUCGGCAUUAUCUCCAAAACGAACUGCUUCUUCGUUAACCGUUACUUCAUUAUCUAAUCGUUUGUCUUCUGAUAAUUCAUUAAAUCAUAAGCCACGAUCUCCACCAACAAAGAAAAAUCAGAAAAGACAAAAAAUUAAAGAAUCGCCUAAGCAGUGGCCGAAAUCGGAACAUCUAUGUACAGCUUUAAUUGAAAAAGUAACAAUUCCUUGGUCUAAAUAUUCUAUUAAAAAUGCAAUUUUUAAUGGUACAAAAUAUUCUGUUAUUAAUACAUGUUCAUUAGACUCAGCAUUAUUUGUUCUAUAUUAUGCCUAUGUUUCUUAUUCAAGCCAGUUUCGAGCCUUAUUUGAUCGUGAAACGAAAUCUAUCUACUGUAAUUUACGUAAGACAUUUCAGCUGGUGGAAAGUGGUGGGUGGAAUACAGCUCGUUUAUAUUGGCCUAACAUUCAUAAAAGAUUAAAUUCCCCAACAGCAAACGGCAACAAUCAAUAUAAUUUAUUUGGCACUGUUGAUGAAAAUGUUUUUAGAUAUGUUCGAACAAUGCAAGAGUAUGAAAACCCAAGUGAAUGUUUGUGUGAAGAUUGUCCAAGACGGACAAGAACUUUAAUUAGUACUGAUAUUGCUUUAAAGUAA